AUGCCCACACACAGCUCAGUGCAGACGAGUACUGUAUCCACAAGUCAUUCCCUGUCGCCAACAUCGGCCCAGACUUCGAGCGUGUCGACAUCUCCAGCACACUCGCCCAGCACUACAACAUCCGCUCCUGAUCAGCACUCUCCGACCACUACAGCGUCCGCGACGACAGUUCAAUCGACCACAACCACGAGCACUGGCUCUCUAGUAGCCAGGAGUGAUACCAGCACAAGUACGAGCACAUCCACAUCCACAUCUGCGCCUACGACUACAACUACAUCUGUUCAGACAUCCUCGCCUCCACCUCCGUCAACCACUUCAGUCUCAUCUUCCCUCGAAACAUUCACGACGACCACUACAACAGUGCAAAAUUCGAUCCCGAUAACGUCGUCCACAUCUCAAUCCUCUUCGCUUCCCGGCCCCUCGGAAGUGGCCUCGUUUAAAUAUGCCGGCUGUUUCGGUCCACGACCUGGCUCGCGGUUUGCCGAUUCGUUCUUGCUCGUCGAUACCUCGGAGACCAUGUCUGUCGAACAGUGUGUCUCGGAUUGCUCGAGGCAGCGUUAUGCCGGAAUAUUUGAUUUGUAA